AUCCCCCAGGUGACACUUAGCCUGCCUCCAGCAGAGACGAUGUUUGAUGUCACGACUCACCAUCGCGGCCUUCAGAUGUAAAUGAAAUUGGAUGCAGAGAUAGUGAGCCCGCCGAGGGGAACGAACCCCGGUCGUUGUCUGUCGACGAAAGGACUUCGCGACGAAGUGAAUAAACAGAAGACGAAAUGAACACUGUGGAGAAGAAGCUGGCGGACUUGAUACGUGAACACCCGAAUCUAUACGACCAGUCACGGCGGGACUACAAGGACAACCUGAAGGGACAUCUGUCGUGGAGGGACAUCGCAGACAACAUGGGAAAGUCGGAGGAGGAGGUGAAGCUGAAAUGGAAAAAUCUACGUGACAAGUUCUGUAAGGCGAAGAAACGAAUGGCCAAGAGAAGCUCCCCUCUGCUGACAGAUGAGGAGAACCCGGUGGAGAGGCCCGUCCCGGUGCUGUACAACCAGCUGUCCUGGCUCAGCGCUUAUGUUAAACCCAGAGUGGACACUGGCACGCUGGGGACCGACGAGGUAGCUGGAAGCGGCGAUGACGCUGAGAAAGAUCAAGAUAAAGACGAGAAGGAGCAGCACUGUCCCAUGCCUGUAGUUAGUACGAGCUAUUCCCUUGUUGAGUCCUGUCCAAACAACCACCAGGAGAUAGGAGCCUCUCUUAAACGCAAAAGGCAAACCACCACAGACGCUGAGAUAAGCUCCGCAGAUGCCCUCACCAACCUCAGAGAUGAAGAUGAACUGUUUCUGCUCAGCCUUCUGCCUUCACUGAAGAGGCUAACCAUUAAAAAAAGGAUGGAGGUACGGAUGAAAUUCCAGCAAGUGCUUUAUGCUGCAGAGUUUGAGGACUGAAGGGCUGGUAUGAUUCUGUAAGCAUUCAACCUGUAAAACUUUUUUUUUUAAUAGCCAUUAUAUCUUUUUAAUAUUUAUUUUUGUAUCACCCCUGCAAUAAAAAAUAUUAUAUAGAUCUCUAUAAUUGUGUGAUAUCAGAGUUUUCCAUAUAUCAACAGCUUUAUCUCUUAAAUUAAAAACACAAAAAAUUCUCUCAUAUUGAAUGUAGGUAAUAGAGCCCCCCUGUUGUUACUAGUUAUAAAAUUAGAGUAUAAAUUGUCACAUGUGCAGUAAAAUCAAAUGCAAUCAAAUACAACAGCACUGCAAGUCCCUCCUUUUUCAAGCUCAUAAUUUUCAUUCAGCUAAUUUUUAGUUGCUGUUGUGAUGUUGUUUUAAUGAACUGGUUUUUACUAGAGGACUUUGUAAUAU